GGGAUCGCGUACGUGACGAGCUAAGCGGCAAGUUAGUGUCCUCCUGCCAAUCCCACCGGUUCGUGUAGCUGGCUGUUCCUCAUCAUGUUCAGAGCCGCCGUCCGACUCUCAGUCUCCGGUGUCCGGAGUUUAACCCGUACGCAACCGGGGUGCCAAGCUCUUUUGGCCUCAAGGUGUUACUCACAUGGGAAGCAAGAAACAGAUGAGGAGUUUGAUGCCCGCUGGGUCACCUAUUUCAACAAGCCAGACAUUGAUGCAUGGGAGCUGAGAAAAGGGAUGAACACAUUGAUCGGUUACGACCUGGUACCUGAGCCAAAGAUUCUUGAGGCAGCACUGAGAGCCUGUCGGAGGUUAAACGACUUGGCCAGUGCUAUUCGAAUUUUGGAAGCUGUGAAGGACAAAGCCGGCCCUCAUAAAGAGAUUUACCCGUACCUGAUCCAAGAGCUGAAGCCAACAUUAGACGAGCUUGGCAUCUCUACACCUGAAGAGCUCGGCAUUGACAAAGUAUAAAUGAAUCUAACAACGCUGGAUAUCCCAGACGGACACAGAACCCUUGUACUUAAAUGUUUGCCUCAUAUAAUACGUGUGAUAUUUAAUUUGGCCUUUAUUACGUUCUUUUGCUUGUAAAAUAUUGAUGAACCUAAUAAAGCAAACUGUAUCUUGAGUGUCACAAGUAUGUUUGGGAUAUUUUAAAUUAAUCUGAGUACUUAUUGAAGCAAUACAUUCAUUUUAAGUUGCUUUGCUGGAGAGCAGAGCGUCACUUUACGGUGUACAUUGUCAGAGUGUGUCUGGACAUUGUGAGAGUCACAUUUUGCCACCAGGGAGCAGCGUUUUCAUAUGAAUGUAAAAAUCAUGAUACUGUAUUGAAGCUAUAUCACAUCUGUUUUCAUUUCAGGGAAAAUUUACAUGCUUAUACAAUAAAAUUGUUCAAAUGGCA